ACAUCAGCCCGCAGCCGCAGCACCUAGUCUCACUACAGUACCCCACCAGUCCAAGAUAUAGGGACUUACAUCCCACCUCAAAUACCCGUCUACGCGGGCGUUCUACGGUCUACCUACGACCAACUUCUCUCCUCCACUCCUUCAACUUCUCCCACCAAACCCAGAAUCAUGGCACCCGUCGGAACGGUUCUCAUUACCGGAGGCGCCGGUUAUAUUGGCAGCUUUACCAGUCUGGUCCUCCUCGAACAUUGCUACGAAGUAAUCGUCGUCGACAGUCUCUACAACGCAAGCGAAACUUCUCUGGAUCGCAUCCAGUUACUGUGCGGAAAGCGACCUAUCUUCCACAAAGUCGAUAUCACAGACGAGGCAGCCUUGGACAAAGUCUUCACCGCGCAUCCCAAUAUCGACAGCGUCAUCCACUUCGCAGCCCUCAAGGUAUCUAGGUUUUACUCUGCGCGUCGCUUGACAUUUCCAAGCUGACAUGACCAAUUCAGGCCGUAGGCGAAUCCUCUGAAAUCCCACUGGAAUACUAUCGCGUCAAUGUCGGAGGAACCAUCACUCUUCUACGAUGCAUGACCAAGCACAAUGUCCCAAACAUUGUCUUCUCCUCCUCGGCCACCGUCUACGGCGACGCUAGCAAACACGAGGGCAUGAUUCCCAUCCCAGAACACUGCCCAAUUGGCCCAACAAAUCCCUACGGACGAACCAAGAGCACAAUAGAAUUGGUCAUCACUGAUCACAUAAAUGCGCAACGCGACAACGCGAAAAAGGCCGGCAAACCAUACGAGCAGUGGAAUGGAGCUCUGUUGAGAUACUUCAACCCUGCUGGUUCUCAUCCAAGCGGCAUUAUGGGCGAGGAUCCUUUGGGUGUACCAUUUAACCUCUUGCCUCUCCUUGGCCAGGUUGCGACUGGCCAGCGCGAAAAGCUGUUUGUUUUUGGUGAUGGUACGUAACUUUUACGCCCUAAGUUUAAAAUAUCCGCUAACAAGCGAUAGACUACCCAUCGAGGGAUGGAACUGCUAUUCGCGACUAUAUCCACGUCGCUGAUUUGGCCAAAGGACACCUCGCUGCUCUUAACCACCUCCGAGAGAAGAACCCUGGAGUACGAGCCUGGAAUUUGGGCUCUGGACGUGGAUGUACCGUUUUCGAAAUGAUUAAUGCGUUUACCAAAGUUGUUGGACAUCCAUUAAAGUACGAUGUUGUUGGACGACGAGCAGGUGAUGUGCUGGAUUUGACCGCAAAUCCAGCUCGCGCGAACGAGGAACUCAAAUGGAAGACAGAGCUCACGCUUGAAGAUGCAUGCGAAGAUUUAUGGAGAUGGGUUAGCAACAACCCACAAGGUUAUCGACAAGAGCCACCAGCAGCGCUAGUGGAGGCUGUAAAGGCAGGAAAGAAAUAG